AUGGACGACGAUGUAUCCUUGAGAUGCCAUGAUCGCAUCCACCCGCCCUCCGUUGGAGGAAGAGAAAAAGAAAUCGUCGAGACGGGCGAGAAUUGGAGGAGACGGGGGUCAGGAGGAAACCAGAAUCCGCCACGUCCUCCCGCGAGCAGCUGCAGCGUCCAGUCUGCCCAAACAAUUCGGUCUGCUGAAAUUGGUGUGCGGUUGGACUGCAAAAUCGAUGAAAAAAUGGCCACUUCUGGACACCAAACUAGCUGGACACUCCUGGCGUGUAUGGAGCUUUGCAGAGGUCGCCAACACCGAUAGCCUCAUUCAGGUGAAUUCAAGCAAGCUUGGACCGUAGUGAUGAAUUCAGACCAAUUUUGGCUCAGACGAUGCCGCACCAGAGAAUGUGGAAGAGCACAGGAGCACAGGAGCACGCCAAGGGAGCCGACGGGGGAAAUAGAAGGCACGGUAAAAGAUGCAGAUGAUCCCGCAUCUUUCCUGCUCCUCGCUAAGAUGUCCAUCAUCUAGUAAGAAGAGACACAACAGGCGCAGCCGCAUUCCCUUUGUCUAUUUGUGAUCGUGGCGAUGCUCUGGGUGCAUCUCAGCGGGCUGGACGGGAUGGACGAGGCGGCUGUGAAGCUUGCACAAAAAUACGCUGAAAAAAUGCAUCGAUCUCUGCAACCAGGUGAGAAAAAGAGAGGAAAAGCAGUGGAUCCACCUGGCCCUCACCAAGAACAAGAACGUAAGCACACACAUCGUGGCCACCGGUGACUGUUUGCUUUUCUUGCUACUUCUUCUGUCAGAUCCACCGUCUAUGUACAUCAUGCUGGCUGGCCUUCACUGUCUUGAGCAGUACAAUUUCGCCGUGGGACUUUCGUGUACAAACAAGGAAGAACAGCGAUGUCUCUGGUCCGUGUUUGUAUGCGUGUAUGCUUGUGUGGGAUGGAAUACACAUCAGAUGCACAGAAAGGAUGGCUCGCUGCCGUCGGUCGUGUUUUAUUGAAAGUGAGGAGCCAUGUCAUCAGAGCUCAAAGCCUGGGCACCGUUGGCAGUGAAAGGUGAUGGCGAUGACGGGCAGACACAACGAGCUUUCACACAUGGUUUUGCAUGGGAUGCAGGCAAAGCGACCUAGAAGCCGAGGGAGUCUGGCGAAUUAUGGAAGAAGACAUGGACGAGGGGCUUGAUUUUACAGAAGGUGAGUGACGGAUCAUGGGGAAAACAAAGAGGAAAGUUGCUGUGUCUCUCAGGGCUAAUAGCGGCACUGCCUGCACUCAUGGCGGAUUUCUGGAGCUUCUUGGGGGCGGGGGAUAGACCUGCAGAGACCGAAAGGUAGACCACCGAAGCGUCGAUUUGUCAUACUAAUCUCUGACCUCAACCUUUUUCCUGUGUCGGCAGGAAAGCCGGCCUGACGGAGUGAUGUCAAGCUGGCAAAAUACCUAUCGGCGGAGAACACAUGGGACCCCAGCCCUGAAGUGGUCAGGAGAAAGGCAACCACUUUAUGCGCAUCUGUCUAUCUACCGCUUCCAUUCAGAAGGCGCUACUACGACUCCUAAGAACAUACGUGGAGCUUUACAUCAUGUAAUAACCAACAUGUAGUCUUGUAUAUCUGGAAGUGUCCUUGUCUCUCCAGAAACAACGUCGACGAGCGUGAUGAGGCUGUCACCAUCCUCCAAAGAAGCCAUCUGAAGCAGUAAGGAGAGCAGGGGGGCUCCCUCGUCCUUCACAAGCGUCGCCCUCGUCCUUCACAAGCGUCGCCGCUCUUUCCGUCGCUCUUGUCGUUUAGUCCGGCAAGGUUGCGUGCGCGGAUGUUUGGGAGGGGUGAUAUUAGCGACUCAAAGCUCGGCAGAAACCAACAGGCCAACAGAAAAACAAGAAAACCUGUGUGUCUGUGGGUCCUUACUGGUGAAUAACUGCUACGAAGACGUAUGCGCCAUCAUCGAAGGUGAAGGUGAGUAUGCUUCAAGUUUCAUCGCGUUUGUGGUCAGAGACAGGCUCCUUGUGUUUGCAGGGCCUAUCACAUCAUUGACAGAGGGAGACAGCAGGGUUGGUGGUAUACUGCGUGAAGGCGCUGCGCGGCGGCCGUCGGGCUGCAGAACUUGAGGCGAGGAAGGCGUGGCUGACGGUCAGCAGACGUCAAGUAACUAUUCAUCAUCUACCUGCCUUGCUUGUGUCUCACAGCGCUACAAAUCAGAGAACGCCUCGACGUGGCAGCAAGAUGUGCUGGCCCUGCUGGGAGGCCAGCUUACGUAAGACCUGCAGCACAGUCACUGAUACACAUAGGCGCUCGUUCUCUUUGCAGAGAAGACGACACGCAUUUUGCGUGGAUACAGACGCUAUACCACGAAAAAGCCUUCCGACCUGGAGCAGGUAGGCCGAGAGAGGAGAGCACCUUGCGGCUUAUGUAUGUGUACCUAUCGCUCAGAUGGAAAGGAAGCUCUCCUCAGUGGCCGAAGCCCGCGAGACCUGGGCGCGCCCCGCUUUUUUCCUAAGUAAAUCUGACAUAAGUCGUCUUCCUCUUUCGUCAGCGAUUGCCCGGGACCAUUAUUGGAAGACACGGCUCUGGGCGGGGCUUCCAGCGCAACCGCCGCUACAUCGACACCGCAGGUGCCAGGCGUAUCUACUUCUGAAAAUACUCAAUCACCACAAGGAGAUAAAAGUACUUCAUCUUCAUUCAUCUUUGUGCUCCGUUCCUCUCAAAUCACCUUGUCAUUCGGUGGUGAUAUGCUCAGUGUGAGUGGGUGGUGCCGCUGACGCUAAAAGGCCUGCUGUGCCUGCCCGGACACACCAGGGAAAGGGCCCGAUUUCUGCUCGAUAAGCUACAAAGGUGUCACACCUAAGCGGCCUCCAGGAUUUGCAACCAAGCAGUUUUGACGUAUGUGUGCAGGGGCGUCAAUGAGAUCAAAGCAGAUGAUGUCAGAGAGGACCUUCGCGAGUGGCUGAAGCAAGGUGAGGACAUCACGUAUGUCUCUGUCUGCUUCUGUUCUCUCCGUACAUGUGUGUCGCAUGUGUGCAGAGUGGCGAUCGAUAGGGAAAGGUCCGAUGGCGCUUCCGACGCCUGACGCCUCACGAUACCUGCGACUCAGUGCCGGUGCAGUCAUCGACCUCGCCAUCGGCCCGCUUGACUUCCUUCGCUAUCCAGGCGCUCCCAUCUAUCUUUACUACGCGCUGGCACUUCCACCACCUCGGCGACAAGCUGAACCGCACCCUCAAGUACCCUCAAGGCGCUGCAGUCGCCAGGGAUGGGGGAGAAGCCAGGGUCAACUGGCUUUUUAUGGAGACCGAUGACAGGCGAUGGCAGGCGAUGGCUGCACUCAAGGCAACAACGACAAGAACACGAGGCCAUGGGAGCGAAACUGCAUGCGUGGGCGAUGAGGAAGGGUAUAGAGACUCUUCGUAUGACGGUUUUCUGUCUGUCUCUAGUAUCGCAGUGACCUCUCUCGUGUGUGCGUGUAUGUGUGCGUGUGCAGAGGCCAGCCAGCCAGCUGCAGCAGCGCCGCAGCAGCCCCUCCAUCGGCAGCGGCGGCAGCUCCAGACGGAGCCAGCAGGGGGAAGAGGGGCCGGUCCACGCGGAAGAAGGGCCAGUCGCCUUCCCCCAAAAAAACGGAGGGAGCGGUCGCCCUCCGCGCAGCCUGCGCGCGAACCGCCUGGCGUCCGAACAAGGCGACAUUCUAUUCGAAGAACGCAGGUCAGCAAGCAUUGACACUGGUCAGGGGCUUCUCUCUCUCUCUCUCUCUAUCUGUGUGUGUGUGUGUGUGGAUCUUGGUACGUCUCUCUCUCUCUCUCUCUCUCUGUGUGUGUGUGUGUGUGUGUGUGUGUGCAGCAGCGGCGGUGCGGCAGCGGGCGCACUGGCAGGGGAUAGGGAAGUGUUGAGUGGUCGGGACCAAUAUUGGAAGACACGGCUCUAGGCGGGGCUUCCAGUGCAACCGCCACUACAUCGACACCGCAGGUGCCAGGCUUAUCUACUGCUGAAAGGCUUGCUGUGCCUGCCCGGAUACACCAAGAUAAGGCGCAAAGGUAUCACACUUAAUCGGCCCCCAGGAUUUGCAACCAUGCAGUUUUAGCGUAUGUGUGCAGGAGCUUGAAGAGGAUCGCAUCACAUGAUAUCUCAUCAGAGAGUGCGCUGAACCAGCGUAAGAACAUUACGUAUCAUCUCUGUCUUGUUCUGUCGUCUCACACAUGAUUGUGGGUCGGCAUGUGUGUAUGUCUCGUCCGCACAGGCUCGUCUGCGGCCGACGCUGCCCCAAUUAACAACCCCAAGAAGCGCACGACGGGUCUGACCAGAUGGCUGGCGCGGGUGCAGGACGCAGCAGCACCCCAGCAGCAGCAGAAGCCCAUGCACCUGCUGGACAGCCACAGGCCGCCAAGAAGCGCCGUGUCAUCUCCUGGGCGGCCUCUGCCACCACGUACAACACCAAGAGGCCGGCCAGGAGCACAUGCUAUUGCUGCCUACAUUCUAUAUCCGUCGGUACGUGCCCCUCCUUGUCUCUCGAGACACAAUGUGCUCAUAAAUCAUCGAUGGCGAACUCCGGAUGUGUAA